AUGGAACACAAUCCGACGCAGCGAUCCCGGCGAUUAAGCACGGCACAGGAGCAAGCCCGCGGGGUAGGUUUCUCCAUAGUGGUUCGAACAUCUUUGACAUGCUUAGGAAAAAGUCAUUUGGUAACCGGUGUUGUAGGAAGAGCUGAAACAUUGUCGUCGGUGUUUUUUCUAAGUGCAUUUUUAUUCUACACCCGCGCUGCAAAACAUAAACGCUCCACCGUGUAUGAAGGUAAUUCUCCAAAUAAUCACACAAUGGGUAAUUCAAUAAUUGAUACUGUUGCGGGAAACCACCAGAAUAUUGAAUAUGGUGUAACAGUGAAGGUGCAUCAUUUUCAAAUGAGUGACAAUAUUGAAAAGUUGGCGUUCCCUUGCCAUGUCGGUGGCGUCAGUGGCCGCAGCGAUGCUCUGCAAAGAGCAAGGGAUUACAAUUACCGGAGUCUGUGCGGUGUACGAAGUAUUCGUAGUUCAGAAGAUGCGCGUCAACGAACUGCCCGGGCUCGCACGCGCCCUGCUCGGCAUCAGCACGGGCAGCGCAACGAGCGCCGGCAUAAAAAACUCACCGAGCCGAGUGUCGAACGCGCUGCCUUGGUCAACGGAAGCAUCGCGCCGGUUGGGGGUGCUGACCGCCAGCACCGCCGUACUGCUCCUGGCACGACUGCAAGUUAUGGGCUCUCAGCUACCGGUCUUCACCAAGUAACUGGUGUGGUAGGAAGAGCUGAAACAUUGUCGUCGGUGUUUUUUUUAAGUGCUUUUUUAUUCUACACCCGCGCUGCAAAACAUAAACGCUCCACCGGUUGGCGUUCCCUUGCCAUGUCGGUGGCGUCAGUGGCCGCAGCGAUGCUCUGCAAAGAGCAAGGGAUUACAAUUACCGGAGUCUGUGCGGUGUACGAAGUAUUCGUAGUUCAGAAGCUUACUGAAGUGGACGUUGUGCUACUACUAAAAAAAUCGUUUGGUAAUAUGUCGAACGCGCUGCCUUGGUCAACGGAAGCAUCGCGCCGGUUGGGGGUGCUGACCGCCAGCACCGCCGUACUGCUACUGGCACGACUGCAAGUUAUGGGCUCUCAGCUACCCGUCUUCACCAAAUUCGACAAUCCGGCUUCGGUGGCCGAGUGGCCAGCUCGUCACUUGACUUACAGCUACUUGUGUGCGCUUAACUUGCGAUUGCUUUUGUGGCCGUGCGACCUUUGUUGCGACUGGACAAUGGGAACAGUUCCUUUAUUGGAAAAAUGGGCAGAUCCUAGGAAUUUGGCGACAUUGGCCACAGCCGUGCUUUUUGGAGCACUCGGAGUAACCGCACUGACCGCGGAGAGCAAAAAGAAACGGAUUGCUUUAACGAUGGGUUUGGCGUUCAUGGCCCUACCAUUCCUACCUGCAUCGAACCUCUUCUUCCCCGUGGGCUUCGUGGUGGCCGAACGAGUACUCUACAUGCCAUCCAUGGGUUUCUGCAUGCUUGUGGGCUAUGGCUGGUAUUUGCUACCAGGACGGAAGUUGGCCUGGUGGCUUCUAGCUGCCACUCUUGCAGCUCACGCAAUCAGAACACAUCGGAGAAACUGGGACUGGGAGUCGGAGUAUUCCAUUUUUAUGGCUGGACUGAAGGUUAAUCAGAAUAAUGCAAAGCUCUUCAAUAAUGUGGGACACGCUCUUGAAUCACAGGGUCGCUAUGUAGAAGCUCUACACUACUUCCAUACUGCUGUGAGCGUCCAACCAGACGAUGUUGGUGCCCAUAUAAAUGUAGGUCGAACUUACAACCAUCUUAAGAAAUUCACAGAAGCUGAAGAAGCCUAUUUAAGAGCCAAAGAAUUACUACCAAAAGCAAAACCAGGAGAAAGUUACCAAGCUCGGAUACCACCAAAUCAUUUGAGCGUAUUUUUAAAUCUCGCGAAUUUGAUUGCCAAGAAUACAACUAGACUUGAAGAAGCAGAUUUAUUGUACCGCCAGGCUAUCAGUAUGCGAGCUGAUUACACACAAGCUUACAUAAACCGAGGUGAUGUUUUAAUAAGACUCAACAGGACAUUAGAAGCUCAAGAAGUUUAUGAACGUGCUUUAUUAUAUGACAGCAGUAAUCCUGAUAUAUACUAUAAUUUGGGUGUAGUAUUUUUAGAGCAAGGAAAAGCACCGCAAGCUUUAGCAUAUUUGGAUAAAGCUCUUGAGUUUGAUCCGGAUCAUGAACAAGCUUUAUUGAAUUCGGCAAUAUUGCUUCAAGAAUUAGGCAAGAAAGAAUUCCGUCCAAUUGCUAGAGAAAGGUUGCUAAAAUUGCAUGCAAAAGAUGAAAACAACGAACGAGUGCAUUUUAAUUUAGGAAUGUUGUCGAUGGAUGAACGCAAUAUUGCAGAUGCCGAAAAUUGGUUCCGAAGAGCUGUCCACAUAAAAUCAGAUUUCCGAAGUGCCUUGUUUAAUUUGGCGCUUUUGUUGGCUGAUGACCAUAGGCCCUUGGAAGCUGCACCUUUUCUAAAUCAGUUAGUCCGACAUCAUCCUGAUCAUGCAAAAGGAUUGAUAUUACUUGGAGAUAUUUAUAUUAAUAAUAUACGUGAUCUGGACGCAGCGGAAAGUUGUUACAAACGAAUUCUGCAACUGGAUCCAGUAAAUAUCCAAGGAUUGCACAACUUAUGCGUGGUGUACGUGGAACGAGGCAAACUCAUGCAAGCGCAAUCUUGCCUGAAACAUGCACAUCGCAUGGCACCCAAAGAAGACUAUAUUCUGCGCCAUCUCCAAAUUGUGCAAAACAAAAUUGCGAAACUCCGCACCACUCCGGAAAAAAUAGAAAACAUGGAAGCUUUCAUGGAAGUAGACAUACGUGAAUUCGGUGGUGACAGAUUCAUACCAGUAAAACCUGAGAUGAACAUCAGAGCAACACCUACAGCUAAAGCAUCCAAAGUGGUAAAGGACUCAAAGCCAACGCAAGGGUCGAAAAGUUUUUCAGGGAGUAAACAAGCUCAUCAAAAAUCUGCCAAUUCAAAAAGCAGGAAUACUAAAGACAGUAAAAAUUCCAAAAAUGCAAGUGAUCAACAGAAGUUGAAGCGAACAGACAGGCCCAGGCCUGAACCUGAACCCAUGUUUGUAGAUAGUUUAGAUGGAACUGUGGUUGAUGCGACUUCUUUAAGGCACAAUACAGAAUAUAGAAGUAGUAAUAGUGUACAUAGUGGAAUUACCCGUAGUGCUGCUUAUUCUUUGAAUCCUCAAAGAGCAGCAGCAUCAGAUAUUGAAGAACAAUCAGCAGGAUUGUCAUAG